CCGAAAAAUUAUCAUUAUAAUUGGACUUUUGUCCAAUGGAAAAUUCUAAAAGAAUCUAUUCCCAAAUAAAUAAUAAAAUUUAUUUGGUUGAAUUCGCCGAAUUUGAGGUGUGUCUUUAUUUAUGACGUUUUGAUUAAAAAUUAGUAUUAGUCAUAGAAUAAUUGGGGGAAUAAUUGGUCUUAUUCACCGCAAAGCUCCGUUAAGGCUAAAAAAAUACUAUAAAAUAAUAAUGGCUGGAAACGUUCCCAAUCCAGAAUUAAUGAUAGAAAUAUCUAAAUUUAAAAAUGCUUUUUAUACGAAUUUAAUAAAAAAUCCGUGUGGUGAGAAUAAUUUUGAUAAUUGGAUAAAUGUGGACCGUUUUGAAGAUUUUACAAUUCAAGAUUGUGAUAUCGGUAGCAAAACUACAAUUGAUAGUAAAGAAACCGAUAAUAUAAAAAAAUGUUUUGCAACACAAAUACUUCAAAGUUUGGGGGGUGAUCUUAGUAAAUACGAUAGUUGUAAAAUACAAGUGAUUGAUUUACAUCGGGAAGGUAUAACGCAAGAUUUUUUGGAUAAAUAUCAACCGAGAAUCUAUUUAAGUGAAUGGUUCGGACGAUUUGAUGAAACAAAAUUUUGUAAUGAAUAUUCGUUGCAUGUGUUUUUAUUUGAUUCGAAUUUUGAACGUAUCCAACGUUGCGCUUGUAAUCAUUUUUUUUUUGGUCGUAUUGAUUCGUCCGAAAAGAAUUCUUUUAAAAAGUUUGAAUAUGUAAUCAAAGAUUAUGGUAAAGAUGUUCGUUAUGUAGUUUUUAUGGAUGGAAUGUUUAAUGGUCAAGUAACCGAUGCAAAUGUUCAACUAUUGUAUCCAAAUGAUGCACACUUAGAUUCAGUGAAUGAUGUGGAUCGUCAAGUUGUGUCAUAUAGACCAGGUUUAUCAGAUCAACCAGCAACAUGUUCGGGUUAUCCAGUUGAUCAUAUGGCUUGCUUUGAUUCGAAUAGUUGCAAUUCGACAGCAUAUAAUUUUCUGGAAGAUUUUGAUGAGAAUUAUAAAAAUUAUUUUCAUGCGGCAAUUAAAAAAUAUCAACAGACUUAUUUGUAG